AUGGCUGACAAGGGAAUUGCUUCAGUCUGUCCGCAUAUCGACGACGCGUCGAAAAUCAAUGGCCCGUCUCCGUUCCGAUCGAGAAUGUCGGUUGUCCUUCCAAUGUCACGGCAAGUGACCUCCUCACACCGCCGACCUCUCUCUCGGCGAAUCACAGAUGUCGGAUGCUACUUCCGGGUCCGAAACAAACGCCUUGUACAGAAAUUACAGAGGGCUGAGCUUGCGGUGAAAAAGUACCAGAAGGAGCCCAGCGCUUGGAAGAUGACACAAGAGAACUAUAUCGAGAGUCUCCUCAACAACGAAUACUUGCUACGCUACUGCGCCGACCUCGGCCUCGCGAAACCAGAGGCCAACAGCGGCCCAGAGCAGGACAUGAUCCUGACCGAGGUGGUCUUCGGGCUCGGGCCGGAGGUUUGGGGAAGAGGGUUGGUCUCUGCUGUCGAGUCUUGA